GGGCCGCAGUGCCGCCCCGGGUCGGAGGAGGUUGGUGGGAGCCCGAAAAAGGAGGGGGGGGGGACGGGGGACGGGACUCGACGAGAAGAAGAUGGGCAAGGUUUGUGCCAUUUUUGGAGGAUCCCGAGGAAUAGGAAAAGCUGUUGCAGAAUUACUGGCACAGAAAGGCUGCCGCCUGGCAAUUAUUGCUAGAAAUCUGGAAGUAGCCCAAACCACUGCAUGUAAUCUUGGUGCAGGACAUCUGGCGCUUAGCUGUGAUGUAUCAAGCGAACAGGAAGUCCAAAAUACUUUUGAGGAGAUGCAGAGGAAUUUAGGUCCUAUUAACUACUUGGUUAAUGCGGCUGGGAUCAACAGGGAUGGUUUGUUACUGAGAACCAAGACUGAAGAUAUGAUAGCCCAGAUUCACACUAACCUUUUGGGAACAAUGUUGACAUGCAAAGCUGCUGUGAAAAGCAUGAUUCAACAACAGGGAGGUGCUAUUGUCAAUAUAGGAAGUAUUGUAGGACUUAAAGGCAACUCCGGUCAAAGUGUAUACAGUGCUACCAAGGCAGGAUUAGUUGGAUUUUCACGCUCUCUUGCUAAAGAAGUAGCAAAAAAGCAAAUUCGAGUCAACGUGGUUGCUCCGGGCUUUAUUCACACGGAGAUGACCGCUCAUUUGGAAGAAGAUCAGCUGAAGAAAGCAAUUCUCCUUGGAAGAUUUGGAGAGCCUCGUGAAGUUGCACAAGCUGUUGUCUUUCUUCUGGAGUCCCCUUAUGUUACAGGGAGUACUCUAAUUGUAGAUGGAGGCUUGCAGCUUCUGACUUAAAUACUACCUUGAAUAAGUACCUACUUAAAUGUCAUGAUGGUAAUAUCUAAAUAUAUAAUAAUUAAGGGGGGUGUGCAGCAAUUAGUUGAAGAUUGAUGUAUGUAUUGACUUGAUAUUCUUUAGUCCGAGGCGGAAUUCAGCAGCAAUGGGUUCCAGCUUGUGUGUUUAGCUACCCAAAAGAGUAAUUUGGUAUUAUGAAGUCAAUGUAUGUAACAAUUAGAAAAAUGUCUGGGUUUGAUAUAGUUUUAAGUAAAAUGCCGAUACAUUUUUAAAGCACUGUAUUUUUAUAAAAUCAUGUUUUCCAAUUUGGGAUAGAGUGGAGAUUUUAUUCGAAUCAUCAUGUUACACAAAGGUUAAAGUGCAGAGGCAUGUAUGGCAGGUAUGAUUGCAUCAAGUUUUUCAUGUAGGGUGAAGAUUGCAAACUGUAUAAUUUUUUAUUCUUAUCAGUUAGUCCCUACAAAGUGGCAAGGAGUUUCCUUUGGGUUUUGUUUGUUUGUAGCUAACACUACAAAGCUAGGAGAUUCUAUAUCUUCAGCAUACCUGAACUGCCUUUAGGAGAUUUAAUUAAAUGCAGUGUGUUUUUAUGAAGACAAAACAUGCUCAGUUCCAUUCUUGAAUGUAUGUACAGCACUAAUUUAAUCCAGUAAUGCUUGCGUAUAUAUAUUGAAGGACUGUUGAUUGGUCAUUUGAGUUGCUAAUUUUGUAAUAUUCUGAGUCUGAGUUGCACAUACACUGGUGAACAGCACAGUUGCAGGCCUUGCUGCAUAAAAGACUUUUCACUGGCUCAGUAGAUGUUUAGAAAACACAUCUCAUUUCCAGAGCGUGAAGUCAAGGUGUAUUGCUGUAUAUCUUUUUGAACGCUCAGUUCAACUGUGUUAUGUUGAUGCUCUUUAAUAUGUAUGUAUAGUCAAUAAAAUAGCCAUUUAUUUUAUUCAAAGCA